CGGACCGAGGCACGAACCCGCGUCCCUUGCAUCGGCAGGCGGACUCUCAACCACUGCGCCACCAGGGAAGCCCUUACUGGAUGCUGCCCAUCACAGAGCACCUGCUGCACCUCCUGGGACUGGAGAAGACGGUGUUCCGUUUGUAUGCCCUGUCCGGGCUCCUUCUCUCCCUGCUCUUCUUCCUCUUCCGUCUGUUGCUGCAGUUCCUGAGGCUCUGCUGGCACUUCUAUAUCACCUGCUGCCGACUGCGCUGCUUCCCCCAGCCGCCCCGGCGCAGCUGGCUGCUGGGCCACCUGGGCAUGUAUCUCCCGAAUGAGACAGGCCUCCAAGAUGAGAAGAAGGUGCUGGACAGCAUGCACCAUGUGAUCCUGGUGUGGAUAGGACCUGUCCUGCCACUGUUGGUGCUGGUGCACCCUGACUACAUCAAGCCCCUGGUGGGCGCCUCAGCUGCCGUUGCCCCCAAGGAUGACCUUUUCUAUGGCUUUCUGAAACCUUGGCUGGGAGAUGGGCUGUUGCUCAGCAAAGGGGACAAGUGGAGUCGGCACCGCCGCCUGCUGACACCUGCCUUCCACUUUGACAUACUGAAGCCCUACAUGAAGAUCUUCAACCAGUGCGCUGAUAUCAUGCAUGCUAAAUGGCAGCGCUUGGCAGAGGGCUCAGAAGUCUCCCUUGACAUGUUUGAGCAUGUCAGCCUCAUGACCCUGGACACUCUUCAGAAAUGUGUCUUCAGCUACAGCAGCAACUGCCAGGAGAAGAUGACUGAUUACAUCUCGGCCAUCAUUGAGCUGAGCGCACUGGUGGUCCGGCGUCAGUAUCGCCUGCAUCACCACAUUGACUUCAUCUAUUACCGUACAGCAGACGGACGGCGUUUCCGGCAGGCCUGUGACACCGUGCAUCACUUCACCACGGAGGUCAUCCAGGAGCGGCGGCGGGCGCUACACCAGCUGGGGGCUGAGGCCUGGCUUAAGGCCAAGCAGGGCAAGACCUUGGACUUCAUAGAUGUGCUGCUCCUGGCCAGGGAUGAAGAUGGGAAGGAACUGUCAGAUGAGGACAUCCGAGCUGAGGCAGACACCUUCAUGUUUGAAGGUCAUGACACGACAUCCAGCGGGCUCUCGUGGGUGCUGUUCAACUUGGCCAAGUACCCAGAGUACCAGGAGAAGUGCCGGGAAGAGAUCCAGGAAGUCAUGAAAGGUCGGGAGCUGGAGGAACUGGAGUGGGAUGACCUAACCCAGCUGUCCUUCACCACCCUGUGCAUCAAGGAGAGCCUCCGCCAGUUCCCACCUGUGACCCUGAUCUCCCGCCGCUGCACGGAGGACAUUAAGCUCCCAGAUGGGCGCAUCAUCCCCAAAGGAAUCAUCUGCCUAGUCAGCAUCUAUGGGACCCACCAUAACCCUACAGUGUGGCCUGACUCCAAGGUGUACAACCCCUAUCGCUUUGACCCGGACAACCCACAGCAGCGCUCCCCGCUGGCUUACCUGCCCUUCUCCGCAGGACCCAGGAACUGCAUCGGACAGAGCUUCGCCAUGGCUGAGAUGCGCGUGGCCGUGGCGCUGACGCUGCUGCGCUUCCGCCUGAGCGUGGACCGAACGCGCAAGGUGCGGCGGAAGCCCGAGCUCAUUCUGCGCACAGAGGAUGGCAUCUGGCUCAAGGUGGAGCCGCUGCCUCCGCGGGCCUGCGGGUCGGCGCGCCCCUGAGGAUCCCCGGGGGCCCAAGCCCCGCCCAGAGAGGCCCAGGUUCCGCCCCCGAGGGCCCAGGCCCCGCCCUCAAGAUCCUGAGGGCAUAGACCACGCCCGUCGAAGUCCAGGCUCAUUAAGCAGCCUGGUGGAGCAGGUCACACCCACUUAAGGCAAGGCUCCGCCCCUAGAGGGUCUGAUCCCGCCGCCUGAGGUCCAGGUCCAGACCGCUGAAUGCCAGUUUCUGCCCUCUUGUUUGAAGGACCAGGAUUGGCCACUCCCCUCGGGUUUAGGCCCCGCCCCAGCAUCCUUCGGAUUCAGGUCUUCAGGCUCCGCCCAUUGAGCCUUCCAAGGACCUAAGACCUGACACCUAAGGCCUCCGGGAUACAAGCCCAGUCUACUUCAGAUCCCGGCCGGCUUUUAAACUGAGGAUUUGAGAACUGGAGCCUGAGAUCAGAACCUUGAACCGAACAUCACCUUCCUGAGGCCUCCAGCUCAUGUGGAUGAACUCCUCAGGAAUUAGGUUGCAUCCCAGGGCCCACGCUGUUUGUUGUUGAUUUGUAAACCCAGACUCUCCCUUUCAAGCUCCUUCCUUCCUCCCUUGCUCAAAGGCCCUUUGCUGAGUGUCCUGAUUUUUGCAGAAUAAAAGCAAGGGAUGCAGACAUCCCCCAUCAUCCAUCCCCUAGCCAGGUCAGAUCCUUACACCUGGAUUCCAGCAAGGAAAUGAGGGGUCCUGGACAGUUGGGAAGCUGUGGGCUGGGAGGCUGGGAAGCCAUUUGUCUUCGGACAUAAACUCAGACUUUUGGGGACAGUUUGUGCAUUCAUUUAUUUCAACAUACUGCAUAGCAAGUGUCUGCUGGCACUGGGCCAGGAGCACAACACCAGGCAAAUUCCUGCCCUCAGGAGGAUGGGGGGGGGGCAUAUGUUGGACAAAUAAUUCCAUGGGUAAAAUUAUUUGCGACCUGUGACAAGAGAGGCCUUGGUGCUGCACAAGUAUAAUGGGGGUGGAGGGUGGCUCAAGGAAAACUACUCUGAUGCUGAAGUUGGAGUAAAAGUUGAGUGGUGACAAGAGAGAAAAGAGCAUUCCAGGCAGCAGGAACAGCAUCUGCAAAUGUCCUGAGGUGGGAGAGAGUGUGGUAUGCUUGUGGAACUCACAAGGGGCCAGGGUGGCUGGAUCUGGGGAGUGGGGGCAGAGUGGAGGAAUGGUGAGCAGGGUCCAACAGCACAAGAACUGUGGGCCGCAUCACAGUUCAGGCUUUAUGCAGAGGGUAAUAGGGAGCUAUAGAGUGUGUGUGAGCAGGGGCAGGGGAGGUUAUGGUCAGAUCUGGGCUGUCAGGGAGGUGGCUGGGAAAGGGUGUACAGGGGGCUGGAAACUCAGGGAAGAGAGAGGCUGAGUUUGUGGGGAGAGGAGGGGUGACUAUCUAGCUGUGAGGGCUGAGGGGAGGGAGGAGGUAAGGGUGAUUGCCAAGUCUUUGACUGGAGGAGUAGUGCCUGAUAUGGUGCUAUAGAAGGUGGGCCAAUGACAAUAAUCAUAUAAUAAUCAUAUUAAUUCAUCAAGUAUUUUUUGAGCAUCUGCUGUGAGCCAGGCAGUGUUUGAAUCCUUGCGUCCUUGACAUUCUAGAGGGGGAAACAGAUGACAAGUGAUAAAUAAGCAAAUAAAUAAGUUCACACAGCCUUGGAGGUCAUUGAAAGGAUUUUGAGUUUUAUUGUGACAGAAGUGGGGAGCCAUGGAGGGUUCUGAGCAAAGGAGGGACAAGAUUUGUCUUACAGUCUUGGGUUGCUACAUUGAAUAGAGACUGUGGCAAGGAUGGGAUGAGGGAGAUCAGAUUGGUGGGGGGGUGAUGUGAGAUGAUGGUGCCUCUACCCAAGCUGGGAGCUGUAGAGGUGCAAAGGGGUGGUUGGAUUAUGAUGAGAAAUGAUUGUUUCAUGAAGGUAGUGCUGGCAGGUCUGCAGAUGGUUGGAAUGUGGGGUUUGGGAGGAUGGGAGGACCCCAUGUUUGGGUCUGAGCACCUGGAAAGAUGGAAACACUAUCAGUUGAGAUGGAGAAUCCCAAAUGGAGUAAGUGGUGUUUUUUUUUUUUUGGUGGGUGGGGAGAGUGAGGUGGGGGUGAGAUCAGCCUGUUAGUUUGAGCCAGGAGGAGCUGGAGAUGUCAGGCUGGCGGGUGGAUAGAUGGGUCCUGAACUUGGGAGAGAGUUCAGGGCUGGUGAUGUACAUCUGGGGAGGCUCAGUGUUUACAUGUUGUUUUAAAAGCCUCAGGACUGGGUGAGAUCAUCUGGGGUGUGUGUGUGUGUGUGUGUGUGUGUGUGUGUAUGUGUGUGUGUGUGUGUGUGUGUACAGAGGAGGGGUUUAAGGACCAAGCCCCAGGGGUCUCCAGAGUUAAUAAUGAGAUAUGAAUCGAUUGAAUGCUUCCUGUGUGCCCUUCCCAGAUAUUCUCAUUUAAUUCUCAAGGGAACUCUUAUCAUGAAAUGGAUACUGUCACUAUCUCAUUUAACAGAAGGGGAAACUUAGUUCCCCACAGUGAAAUGACUCACCUAAGGUCCUACAGCGAUAUCCUUGGGACCUCAGAGGGGGCCCUGAGUUCUUUCCUUCCCCAUCUCUCGGGCUCCUCGUCCUGGCUGGGUCCCUAGCCCCUCUUUGCCCAGAAGAGGGUGUCCGCAGGGAUAGGGUAGGGUUGGGGGGGGCGUGGAGGAGAUAAGGCAAACCUAGGAUGCCGAUCCUGGGGCGCCCCCAGGUGGCGCGUGGUGGGAUCGUCGGCCGGAAUCCCCUGUCCGAAGCUGCUCGCGGACUGAGCGGGAAACGUGCGAUCCCUGGCCUUACAGGAGUCACCCGGCUCUUGCCGAUGCUGCCUCUUCCACAUCUUCGUCCGGACUCAGGGUCUCCAAGCGCGCAUCAUUCCCUAAACAUUGUACCGGCCUCUCCCCACCCCACCUUCCCUUGCAACUCCAUCAGACACCAGCAAAAAUAACUUUGCCUUGGGAGGCGACACAUGUGGGUUCAAACCCCGGCUCUGCACCUUAUUAGCCGUGGGCUCGGCACGUGACUGCUCCUCUCUGCACCUCCGUUCUCCCCUGUCACGUGGAUUUUACAGGAUCAUCAUGCUUGUAAUGUAGAUCGACUUUCCGCUAAAGGCUGUGAUGGUGAAUGAAAGAGACAGGGAGGAAGGGAGGAGGGCCCGGGAACUACAGGCUCUAAGGCAUCUGGUCUCCACUAGUUCGGCGUGUGUGUGUGAGCGUGUGUGCACGCUCAGUCUUGUGUGACUUGGUAUGUUGGGGUGCAUUUGGGUGAAUAUGUGAGCAUGCAUGUGUGUGCAAGUAUGUGAGUGUGUGUAUGUAAGAGUCAAAAUGUGUGUGAUUGUGUGAGUACAUGUGUGCUGUGUGUGAGAUUGUGUGUGCAUGCAUCGGUGUGUGCAUGUGUGUGUGGCUGUGUGUGGAUGGGUGUGUUGGGAAGAGAGGAGAGGAGAAUCUCACUCACCAAAUGACUGCCACUGUCCACAUCAGGCUGUGUUCAUCGCAGGAGCUGCUGUCCAAACCUCCCUCCCUUCUGCUUGCAGCAGGCAGGACAUUCUGGAGAAAUAAUGCCCUUGGAAGCAGCCCUGAUGGAGGACUGGUGGGUGCAUGUUCUCUGCUAUCUCCCAGAGGGACUGAGCCCCAGGUGCCCACGGUGGGAACUUCCUUGAUAAAACACCUUUUACCUGCUGCCUUCCCUUUUCUGUCUCAUUUCCCCACUAUCUUACUAGCAUUUCCUGGAAUCACCUCCCAAGGAAACAAUUUACAGUUGAUUUCUUUUCUCAGGGACACCUCCAAAUAAAGUAUUAUCACUCGAAU